AUGCUUUCGCUUAAAACGUUACUAUGUACACUGUUGACUGUGUCAUCAGUCCUCGCUACUCCAGUACCUGCAAGAGACCCAUCUUCUAUCCAAUUCGUUCAUGAAGAAAACAAGAAAAGGUACUACGAUUAUGACCACGGUUCCCUCGGAGAACCAAUCCGUGGUGUCAACAUCGGUGGUUGGUUAGUUCUUGAACCCUACAUUACUCCAUCUUUGUUCGAGGCAUUCCGCACAAAUGGUGACAACGACGAAGGUAUCCCCGUCGAUGAAUACCAUUACUGUCAAUACUUAGGUAAGGACUUGGCUAAGAGCCGUUUACAGAGCCAUUGGUCUACUUUCUACCAAGAACAAGAUUUCGCCAAUAUCGCUUCUCAAGGUUUUAACCUUGUCAGAAUUCCUAUCGGUUAUUGGGCCUUCCAAACUUUGGACGAUGAUCCUUACGUUAGCGGCCUACAGGAAUCUUACCUAGACCAAGCCAUCGGUUGGGCUAGAAACAACAGUUUGAAAGUCUGGGUUGAUUUACACGGUGCCGCUGGUUCUCAAAACGGGUUUGACAACUCCGGUUUGAGAGAUUCAUACAAGUUUUUGGAAGACAGCAACUUGGCCGUCACUACAAACGUCUUGAAUUACAUAUUGAAAAAAUACUCUGCUGAGGAAUACUUGGACACCGUUAUUGGUAUCGAAUUGAUUAAUGAGCCAUUGGGUCCUGUUUUAGAUAUGGAUAAAAUGAAGAACGACUAUUUGGCACCUGCUUACGAAUAUUUGAGGAACAACAUCAAGAGUGACCAAGUCAUCAUCAUUCAUGACGCUUUCGAACCAUACAAUUACUGGGAUGACUUCAUGACUGAAAACGAUGGCUACUGGGGUGUCACUAUCGACCAUCACCACUACCAAGUCUUUGCUUCUGACCAAUUGCAAAGAACUAUGGAUGAACGUAUUAAAGUAGCUUGUGAGUGGGGUACUGGGGUUUUGAAUGAAUCCCACUGGACUGUUUGCGGUGAAUUUGCCGCCGCUAUGACCGACUGUACCAAAUGGGUGAAUAGUGUUGGUUUCGGCGCUAGAUACGAUGGCUCUUGGGUCAAUGGUGACCAAACAUCUUCUUACAUUGGCUCUUGUGCUAACAAUGAUGAUAUAGCUUACUGGUCCGAUGAAAGAAAGGAAAACACGAGACGUUUCGUGGAGGCUCAACUAGAUGCCUUUGAAAUGAGAGGGGGUUGGAUUAUCUGGUGUUACAAGACAGAGUCUAGUUUGGAAUGGGAUGCUCAAAGAUUAAUGUACAAUGGUUUAUUCCCUCAACCAUUGACUGACAGAAAGUAUCCAAACCAAUGUAGCACAAUUUCCAACUAA